AGGAGCCGCGGGACCGGAAACGGCGACGGACUGUGGGAGAGAGAGCGAGAGAGAGAGAGAGAGCGAUGGCGCUGACCAUCCGCACGGACCUGGGGGACAUGAAGCUGGAGCUGCUGUGCGAACGGGCCCCGCGGGCCUGCGAGAAUUUCCUUGCGUUGUGUGCAAGCGAUUACUACAACGGUUGUCUCUUCCACCGCAACAUCAAAGGAUUCAUGGUACAGACCGGAGACCCCACAGGAACAGGCAAGGGUGGAGCCAGCAUCUGGGGCGCAAGGUUUGAAGAUGAAUUCAGCGAACACCUCAAGCACAAUGUCCGAGGGGUCGUCUCGAUGGCCAACAACGGCCCAAACACCAACGGGUCCCAGUUCUUCUUCACGUAUGGCAAACAGCCGCACCUGGACAUGAAAUACACCCUCUUUGGAAAGGUGAUCGAUGGGCUGGACACACUGGACGAGUUGGAGAAACUGCCGGUCAAUGAGAAGACCUUCCGCCCAUUGACUGAAGUACGAAUCAAGGAUGUCGUUAUCCACGCAAACCCUUUCGCUUUGUGAUGGGGACAGGAGCAGCUGUGUGACGAGUGACGAAUUGGCCUGUGCUGAACUCACCCUCCCUGAUACACCAACUUAUGUAACUCUUACCUUGUGUCAAUUUGGAAGGCGGGGAACGACCAAUUUGCACUGUCCUGUUUACUCUUGUAAAAGUGCCGACCUGUGCUCAGCCUCGCCACCGACAUUAACACAGCUCCUUUCCAACACGCUUCCUUCCCCCACCCCCCCACCAAACACACCACACACAGACAGACUUCCUCCCCAGGUCACUCUGUUACUUGGUGGUCUGGCCAUUAUCACAGUGGCUCAGAAAGAAAUCCGCACGUCAAGUGGUAGUCGAGAUGCAGAGGAAGUGAAAAGGCAGAUGUACUUUCGGAUGAAUCGUGAGCUGGAUAACAAGUGUGUGGUGUGAAUGUGUCUAUGUGCCUUUGACUGAAGCUGAAGCCAUUCCUGUAUCAGCUUCUCUGUGAGCUUUGCUGAUGGGGCAGAUUAGAGUAUCGUUUCCACUGAACCAGACCUCACUGUAUCAAGUAAGUGAAUGAAUUAUUUAUGCCAUAAAUUUGUUGUUGAAUUGAAA